ACCCACACCAGCACCAGCAUGGCUUGCAAGUUGAUCGUCUUGGCCGCAGUGGUAGCAGUGGCACAGGCAGGCUACCUGCGAGCCGCCCCCGCCAUCGCCGCCCCCGCCGCCGUGGCCGCUGAGUACGACCCCAACCCCCAGUACAGCUACGGGUACAACGUGCAGGACGCCCUCACCGGCGACUCGAAGGCGCAGCAGGAAACCCGCAGCGGAGACGUCGUCCAGGGCAGCUACAGCGUCGCCGAACCCGACGGCUCCAUCCGCACCGUCGACUACACCGCCGACCCCGUCAACGGCUUCAACGCCGUCGUGCACAGGGAGGGCGGCGCGCACCCCGCCCCCGUCGUGGCCGCCGCCCCCGCCUACGCCGCCGCCCCCGCGCUGGCCUACGGCAAGGCCUACCACGGCUAGUCUCGUCUUUUAACAAUCCUGUUUUCUUUGUUUGUAUUUAUAGUUACUCUUUGAUAUAUUUCUAAAAUAUAUCUAUACCCACCUUAACUGCCUCUUUUUAUAUGACACCCAGUGAAAGCUUCCUUCAAAUCCCUCCAGUAAACACUGUCUCUCUACAUUAACUGUUACACAUUUCAGACUGAUUGCACUAUUACAUACUGUAUUAAUCGACUGAUCAUUAAUUUGUUGUUGUUCGGAAACAAAAUUUUACAAGUGACUGCU